AUGUUGCAGGGGCUUCUUCUGACCGCCACUUUCCUCCUUUCGCCCGUUCCAGUAAAUGCUAUCAAAGACCUCCCUGGAGUAAAGAACUAUGAAGUGGUUUAUCCCAGAAGACUUCAUCCACUACAUAAAAGAGAGGUCAAGGAGCCAGAGCAACAGGAAAAAUUUGAAACUGAAUUGAAGUAUAAAAUGACAGUUAAUGGGAAAAUCGCAGUGCUUUACUUGAAAAAAAACAAGGGUCUCCUUGCACCAGGUUAUGUGGAAACACGUUAUAAUUCCACUGGAGAGGAGGUCACCACAAGCCCACAAAUCAUGGAUGACUGUUAUUACCAAGGACACAUCGUUAAUGAAAAAGUUUCAGAUGCUAGCAUCAGCACAUGUAGGGGUCUAAGGGGCUACUUCAGUCAGGGAGAUCAAAAGUACUUCAUUGAACCUUUAAGCCCCACAAAUCAGGAUGGACAGGAACAUGCACUCUUCAAGUAUGAUCCUGAUGAAAAGACUAACGGCACCUGUGGGAUGGAUGACAUAUUAUGGGCACAUGGAUCUCGGCAGAGUGUGGUUCUACCUGCCACCAGUCUGAAAUCCAAAGACCAGAAGGGUCUGGAACAUAAGAAAUACAUAGAAUAUUAUUUGGUGCUGGAUAAUGGUGAGUUUAAAAAGUACAAUCAAGAUCCAGAGGAAAUAAGAAAGAGGGUGUUUGAAAUGGCCAAUUAUGUCAACAUGCUUUACAAAAAGCUCAAUACUCAUGUGGCUUUAGUUGGUGUGGAAAUCUGGAAUGAUGAGGAUAAAAUAAAGAUAACCCCAAAUGCAAGCUUCACCUUGGAAAAUUUUUCUAAAUGGAGGGGAAGUGUCCUCUUCCGAAGAAAACAUCAUGAUAUCGCUCAGUUAAUCACAGCAACAAAACUUUCUGGAACAACCGUGGGCCUUGCUUUCAUGUCUACAAUGUGCUCUCCUUAUCAUUCUGUUGGCAUAGUUCAGGACCACAGUGACAACAUGCUUAGAGUAGCAGGGACCAUGGCCCAUGAAAUGGGUCACAACUUUGGAAUGUUUCAUGACUCCUAUGUUUGCAAGUGCCCUUCUACAAUAUGUGUGAUGGACAGAGCACUAAGCUUCUAUAUACCUACAGACUUCAGUUCCUGCAGCCGCAUCAGCUAUGACAAGUUCUUCGAAGAUAAAUUAUCAAAUUGUCUUUUCAACGCUCCAUUGCCCACAGAUAUCAUAUCCAUCCCAAUCUGUGGGAAUCAGUUGGUAGAAAUGGGAGAGGACUGUGAUUGUGGGACUCCUGAGGAAUGUACCAACAUUUGCUGUGAUGCUAAAACUUGUAAAAUCAAAGCAAGUUUUCAAUGUGCAUUAGGAGAAUGCUGUGAAAAAUGCCAGUUUAAAAAGGCUGGUGCAGUGUGCAGACCAGCAAAAGAUGAGUGUGACCUGCCAGAAAUGUGUAAUGGCAAAUCUGGUAUUUGCCCUGAUAAUAGAUUCCGAGUCAAUGGCUUUCCCUGCCAAAAUGGAGAGGGCUACUGCUUGAUGGGGAUGUGCCCCACGCUGCAGGAGCAGUGCACCGACCUGUGGGGACCAGGGACCAAGGUUGCAGACAAAUCAUGUUAUAGCAGGAACGAAGGUGGGUCAAGGUAUGGGUACUGUCGCAAAGUGGACGACACACGCAUUCCCUGCAAAGCAAGUGAUGCCAUGUGUGGGAAGUUGUUCUGUCAAGGUGGGUCAGAUAAUUUGCCCUGGAGAGGACAUAUAGUAACUUUCCUGACAUGUAAAACAUUUGAUCCUGAAGACAACAGUCAAGAAAUAGGCAUGGUAGCCAACGGAACUAAGUGUGGAAACAAGAAGAUUUGCAUUAAUGCAGAAUGUAUAGAUAUUGAAAGAGCCUACAAAUCAACCAAUUGCUCCUCCAAGUGCAAAGGACAUGCUGUGUGUGACCAUGAGCUCCAGUGUCAGUGUAAAGAAGGAUGGGCCCCUCCUGAUUGUGAUGACUCCUCAGUGGUCUUCCACUUCUCUAUUGUGGUUGGGGUGCUGUUCCCUGUGGCCAUGAUAUCUGUGGUGGUUGCUAUAGUAAUCUGGCACGAAAGCACCAGAAGAAAGCAGAAGGAAGUCCAGAGGCCACUGUCUACUACUGGCACCAGGCCUCGCAGACAGAGGAGGACCCCACUGAUGGUGAAGGAUGUUCAGCCCCAAGAGCUAAUUACAAAGCCAGAUUUUCCACCACCACCGAUUCCUACGUCUGUGUCAUCUUCUUCUUUCCUUUAUAAUGCCACAAAAGUACUUCCCUCUACUGUUUUUAAGGAUAAAAUAAUGUCAACACCUAAGGGCACAGGACAGCAUGCUGGUGCUGCUGGUUCUUUUGCCCCUGAAGAGGCUGUGCCACCACUCUCAAAUACUUCAAGCAGCUUCCCUGUGACCCAGCGGACCCUCAGACUACGCUGCCCACUCCUGUAUCUCCACCCUCCUUCUCCACUGGUGUACCACCGAUUCUGCCAAAUCGGUUUUUUGGGCGUUCAAAAUGAUCUAGCUGUGUUCAAGGGAUGA